UGAAUUAUAGAGAAUUGAGAAAUCUUUUUUAUUUCACAAAUCAGUGAAAAUAUUAUUCAUUUCCUAAAUCUGUGAAAAUUUGUUGUCUCAGCAUGGAAAACGAAAACUUUAAAUCAAAGGCAAUCUCAAUUAAGAUCGCCGGGAAAACUGUUGGUAAUACCGUUGGUGAAGCUGCUGUUAAGACUGCUGGUAACACCGCUGUUAAGAUCACUCGUAAGGCUGCUGGUAACACUAAUAGUGAGACAAAUGAUACAACCGUUGGUAAGACUGUUGGAAAGACCGUGGGUAACGCUGCUAGUAGGGUCACUGGUAACACUUCUAGUGGGGCAACUGAUAACAGUUCUACAGGAGCCACUGGUAACAUUUCUACAGGAGCCACUGGUAACACUUCAAGUGAAGCCAGUGGUAACACGGCUUGGGAUACAGCUGGUAGUACCACUGAUAAAAUUGUUGAUGAUACAAUUCGCAACACUGCUGGUAAGACUGCGGAUAACACCGCUGGUCAAACGGCUGGUAAGACCGCUACUAUAAUCGGAAGUCAACCCAUUGAAAAUAUAGUUGGUAAGACCUCUCGUAACUUUGUUAGCGUGACUGCUGGUAACUCCGCUGGAGUGACGGUUGUUAAGUAUGCAGAUAAACAUUCAUAUUCUGAUGAAGAACAAUCCAGGCAAAAACUGAAGCACACAAGAAAGUUUUCCGAAAUUCGGAAAAUUCAAUUUUCAUGCAAUUCAAACUUUAUUUUUUCAAAGUCAAGAGAAAGAAUUCAAUGCUACAAGACAAAAUUUUGCAACAAUUAAUAGCGAAUCAAAACGUUAUAAAAAAAGUUUACCUUAAAUUGUCAUAAAUAUUAUUCUGAGGCUUGUAAAAUUAU